AUGCCGACUGCUAUUGUCACCGGGGCCACAGCAAGCAGAGGGUCUAACUACCCACCAGGCAUCACAGGCCAUGCCAUAGUGCAAGCACUUCUGAAAUCACCAGAAUGGACGAAAAUCACCACGCUCAGCCGCAGUCAGGAACCGACUGCUAACUCUCGAAUCUCACACAGCACCCUAGAUCUCCAAUCGUCAGCCUCAGACAUGACAUCAUCACUAUCCAAUGUGAAAGGCGAAUACGUGUUCUUCUGUGCAUACCUGGCACGGGACGACGAUCAGGCUACAACGGAUGCGAACGCGGCGAUGCUGCAGAACUUCAUCGAUGCGCUGCGGCAGUCGGGCGCCAUCAGAGACCUCAAGCGCCUUGUGCUGGUCAACGGCCUCAAACAGUACGGCGUGCACUGGGGUCGUGCCAAGCAGCCCAUGCAUGAGACCGACCCGUGGAUCGAGGGAGCUACCUGGCCACCGAACUUCUACUACUCGCAGCAGCGCAUCUUGGCCGAGGCUGCGAAGCAGAACAAGGACGAGAACUGGACCUGGGCCGUGACGUAUCCCCAAGACGUGAUAGGCGUGGCGAGGGCGAACUUCAUGAACCUUGCAACCGCGCUGGGCCUGUAUGCGAGCAUCUCUGCAACAUUGCCGGAGCGAGAGCUAGUAUUCCCGGGCAGUCUGACCAACUACCUUGCAUUCAACUGCUGGACAUCUGCACGGUUGCAUGCGGAGUUCUGCAUCUGGGCAGCUCUGGAGCCCAAGGCCGGGAACCAAGCAUUCAACGUCACCAACGGCGACACGGAGAGCUGGCAGAAUCUUUGGCCAGCCAUCGCAGAGAGGUACGGUGCUAAAAUCCCGGCCACUAUGUUCCCAGGUGCGGAUUUCUCGGAGGGCAAGAAAGACCAGCGGUACAAAGAUUUCGAAGCGGCGCACAUAGUCCUCCCGACACCGCCACCGAUCGUGGAACACGCGGACAACAUCGGGUUGAAAGGGCUUUUCGACGGCGACGACAAACACAAUGCGGUGCACCAGCAAAUCGACACAGCGAAGUGGGCGCAGAGACCUGAGGUCGUCAAGAAAUGGGAAGAGCUCAGGGACAAGUUUGGUCUCGACCAGAGUACCUGGGACAAGGCCACCUGGGGGUUCCUGGCCUUCCUCUUGGGCAGAGACUUCGAUUGUGUGGUGAGCAUGAGCAAGGCGAGGAAACUGGGCUGGACGGGAUAUGUCGACACCAAAGAUGCGUUCUUCGAGACGUGGGAUCAGUUGGAAAAGGAGGGCAUUUUGCCCAAGGCGGGCGAAUUGAAUAUGUGA